AUGUUUACUUGCAAUACAUGUAACUUGCAGUUUCCAGAAUCAAAUGACCAGAGGGUUCAUAUGAAAUCAGAGUGGCAUCGUUACAACUUGAAGAGAAAGGUGGCACAAUUACCUCCCAUUACUGAAGAUUUAUUCAACACAAAGGUUGCCUCGUUGCAACCUCAGAGCGAAACCAAGGACAAACAAACGACAAAAAAGGAACAAAGGCGAAAGGAGAAGGAAACAUUGUUGCAACAAAAGAGAGCUAUCUUGGAGCAAGCAAAAAAAGCAAUGUUGGCUGAACAAGAGGCGGCAAACGGGGAUAGCCAGAAGGAGUUAGAAGCUUCGCUGCUGGUAGAGUCUGCUACAGACGAUAAGUUACACCACAAUGAAUUGCACGAGGAGCCUGAGUUGACUCCAGAGCAGGCAGAAGAAAAAGAGUUUCAAAAGAAGCUUUCAAACAAAGUGGAAAUCCGACCAACAACAUGUUUAUUCUGCCAUCCCAAGUUGAAGCAAGAUUUUCCCACGAUUGAUGAAAAUACAAUACAUAUGUUCAAACUUCAUGGUUUGUAUAUUCCAGAAACACAAUAUUUGGUGGACAAGAAAGGCUUGAUAGAGUACCUUGCAGAAAAGAUUGGAUUUGGAUUUUGCAUAGCUUGUAACUAUCAGGGAAGAAACACAGAAGCUGCUAGAGAGCAUAUGCAAACAAAGAGACACAUGAGGAUACCGUAUGAGACUGAGGAUGAAAAAUUGGAAAUCUCGAAUUUCUACGAUUUUUCCUCUACUUAUGAUGACGAUAACGCUGACGUGGUUGUCGAAGGGGAAGAAGAUGGCGACUGGGAAGACGUAAGUGGAGAUGAAGAAGAAGACAGCGAGGAUGAAUUACCACCAUCUGAAAGGGAUGCUAUUCUACAAGACGGAAAUGAAUUGAUACUUCCAUCAGGUGCUAUUGUGGGUCAUCGCUCCAAUGCUCGGUACUACAGACAAAACCUUGCUCCUGAGAGGAUCUUAACCGAAGGCCAAGGAACGGUCAUAGCAGCUGAAACAAGGCAUAUGUUGACUUUGGCAGACAGGAAAGAAUUGGCUAGCAAGAAGAGGACAUGGAGGAAUGAAAAGAAGAGAGAGGAUGUCAAUGAUAGAAGAGCUGCUAAAUUCAUCAAUAACCAACCACAUUAUAGAGACCAGUUAUUGCAAUAG